UAAGUAAGUUUGUGAAUUAUGUGCCGUGCUCCUCCCUAAAGAUAAGUAGCGUUAGCAGCGACUCGCUGAAAGGCCACAGAGAAAGUAUACGGAUUUACUAGAAAUCUAUUUAACUUAUUUCUUUGUGUAUUUGUUCUUAUGAACUCAUGGGAGAAUCUACCAUAUGGUAUUACCACAUAUGAACGUUUAUCGAUAACUAUUUAUAUUGUGUGUUGGACGUUGUCGCCUUUUAAUCAAGGCGUUGAACAGAACUCGGAAGUGGAGAUAUCCUAAAACACUCUAAAAACUGCACGACUCUGCAGGUCUGAAGAUGAGCUCGGAACAGAGAGACCUGGGAGGUCAGAUACAGACUCAGUUCCAGGAUGUUGUGAGCAGGCUGAGUUCCAAACAAUUCUUCCAAUCUGACUGGGACAUCGCCUCCUGUGCCAUUUUCUUCAUUUUUGUUGGGACUGUGUUUCUGCUCAUUAUUCUGGUGCUAAUUCGAUGCUGUUGUUGCUGCUGCUGUGACACACCAAAGCGGCGUCGGACGGGGAAAGUGGGCCACGACAACUUAGCUCUUGAGCCUUAGUGAGACAACAGUGCGGCCCCUUCCUGGAACAGGACACUGUGACCAUCAUGCACCUGCUAGAGGGGUGGUAUCCAGGGGCUUGACGUUCAUGUUACUGUCUUUAUGUAGCUUCAUUACCAUUUUCACUGUUCUGUCCAACUUUACCUGUCGCUGGAACUCGACUAUCUCUGUUCCACAGCAAACCAGGACAGCACAGCAUGCUGGGAGUGGAGUUUACAGUGAAAAUGACUCUGAAACUACAGCAUAGGGGAGGGGUGGAAAGGGGACCUGUGGGCCUGCACCUUUGUAAGAGGUCAGCAUUAAGAUCUGAAAUUGAUUUUUUUUUUUUUUUUAAAACAACAUUUUUCGUAUCAAAAGAAAUUUGUUGCAUUAAUUAGACUUCAUUGUUAUUUCUUGCUGUAACACCUUAUGCUACUUAAUCUGUCUUAUUGCACUGUUUUUAAAAGCAAGACAUUUCAUAGUUUUAUGUUGAUAUUAUAUGCACUUUUUGUUAGUGAUUACAUGUGAUGCUGUUAGCAAUGUAAAGCAUGUGAUAUCUUUAAAUGAAGAAACUGAAUCUCAUGAAUAUAACACUAAUAGACUUGCAUGAUGAGCUUACUCUUUUCUAACUACAUGAAAUAAACUGAGCAACUUUUAAAGUC